AUGGGAGCAGCCUGGUCUGCUUAUGCUGGUGUGCGGGAUGUCACAGGAGACUACAGCAAACGCGUGUAUCAAGGCGUGAGAGUGAAGCACACGGUCAAAGACUUACUGGCGGAAAAACGAUCCAGGCAGACAAGUAACUCAAGAUUUAAUAGCGGAGUCAGCAACUCCCCGUCUCCAUUUGCCCAGAUGCCAGGUUCACCGGUAACGUCAGGUUACUAUGGUGUCAGAAGAUCUUUCCUCUCUGACUCGGAUUUCCACAACACGAAACAGUUUGCAAAUGACGUCUGCACCUCACCGGCGAAGCCCUUUCCCUGUGAGUCCCCCGCAGGGCAGAGCCACCCGGCCCUCCUGGAUUCCUACUUCCCGGAACCCUACGCAGACCACCGGCCCCCGCCGGGCCUGACCCCCAGCACCAGCUCUCUGUUCAGCGCCUCGCCCCUGCCGCCGCUCCUGCCUCCACCCUUCCCUGGGGACCCCACGCACUUCGUGCUUAGGGACUCAUGGGAGCAAACGGUGCCCGAUGGUCUCAGCCAGGCAGACCCCGUGCCCGCCGAUACCCCGCAGACCUUGCCGCCCAGCACAGGAUGUCUCUCCCCGCUGGAGUCUGGGACCAGCACUCAGCACAGGAGCUCCAGCUGGGGGGCCCCCCUAGCUGGGGCUCAGUCCUACUCCCUGCAUGCACUAGAGGAUCUGUAUCAUGUGCCAGGGUUCCCCACCCCACCCCCGUAUCCCUUCACCCCUUUCAUGACCAUGUCCAAUGAUCUACCGCACAAGGUGGUGCCCCUCGCCCCAGAGGAGGGGGUAGACACCCCUUCCCUUCAGGACCCUUCUUCGUGGACCAAAGAAGACGGGAGCAUGGCGUGGGGGUCAUAUGAGUGCCGUAGAGCUUACUGAAGGGAGCACUGAAGGACUUCUGCUGGGCUUUUCUCUCUGGGGUUCUGUAUUUCACGGACCAUUUGCAGUGUGGUAGCUUAUUCAUUCAGAACCAGAUUCUCAGAACAGGCCAUCAGGCUGCCCUUUGUUAACAGACCACGGGAUUCAUCUGUAAUCCUCCCUACCACAGCCCCAUGAAAUACAACGUACGUUAAUUCGGGACAUCAGACCGUAUUCUAGUGAGACACCUGAGAGCGAUGCCUUUUUGGAACUUUAGUAACACCUUACAUUCUGAAUUUCUGUUAUCUUUGAACUAUCAUGUUUAGCGCUCGUAGUUUUCUUAAAUUACAUUAAAAAGUUUAUGCAGAUCGUGAAAUACACUGAUUCUCCUGUGCAGUUUUUCUUGGUGAUGAGCUAUGUGUGUCCUACAGUAAGAGAGAAAGCAUAGGAUACAGUGUAGAUUAGGGCACGUAAAACCAAACUCAUUUUGUACCAUGGGAUUUCUGAAGAGUAAAGUGUUAUCCAUGUGUCUCUCCUUAGUGACUUAAAAAGGACCAGUAACAGAUAUGGUACCAUAUAUAAAUGCUUUAUUGUGGUUAAAAUUGGAUGAGGUCAGGAGACUAUGGCUUCAUAAAUACACAGCUUUGACUCUGCCCUGAAGCCUAGAAUGUCAAAAAACAAGUCUAAUCACCAUCCCCCCCCCAGCAAAAAAAAUAGGCCCCAAAGUUUCUUUGAUCCAUGAUAGCCUUAAUUAAGCUACAUUGUUUCUCAGAUGGAAAAAUAUAUAUAUACUUAUUAGAGUGGAUUAGUGAAAUGGGUGUUCUGUGAUCAAGUAAGAAUAAAGGAAAUGCUGAGGACAGGACUAGUCUGUCGACAAGAAACAACAGACCACAGAAUACCAAGAAGCAAAGACAGAUUGUCACGUGUGCAUCAGUAGCAUUACACACAACAUCCCCCAUUUGAAGGAAGACCUUGUUGGUGGCUCAUUGCUCAGAAAUGUAUAGCUCCUAUUGUGUAUAA